GGUCUUUGUGUGUGGAUGUGGGCUUUGGAAGGGGGUGUGUGUGCACGUAGAGUAUGCAGCGAACGCAAAUGAUGCAUAUUAUGUGCAGCUGAGUUUGAAUUGCAUCCUGGAACCUCUGACUCUUGUGUUUAGUUAUUGAAGCAGCAGGGGGUGUAUUUGUAUUUGAACUUGCCACCUGCUGAUGUCUGUAUAUUAAAUGUUCAGUACAGGGAAUUUUUUAGAAUUUAAGUUUAUGAAUCAAUUUCCCCAAUUGUUCGUUGUAAUUACUACUGCAAUACAUGUAAGAUAAUAUCAAAUAAAAUUGUAAUGCGUUUCAUGGACCAUGGAGGAAAAGAUUGCUGUAUGAGACUGAUAUUCUAGAAACAUAAUUACAUGUACCUUUUCCUCCUUUACAACACACACAAAAAUAAAAAAUUUCUCAUUUUGCUAUUUUCGCUGUUAUGGACCCUUGUACAUGUUCAUACAUUUUUGCCUACAGGCCAAUAUACGCUUUCAUUGUAUAAAUCAUAACAGCAAAAUAGGCUAUAUACAUGUAUACAACUGAAUAAAUCAGAUUUUGUCAUCUUAUCAUGUAUAAAUGGACACCAAACACAGCACUGUUAAAUAUUUCACCUUUGUGAUUGUUAGGGGGAUAAAUGGCCCAUGCUUGCUUCCCCACGCCCCCCCUGUGAUUCAUAAUCCCACACACAUGUAUUAAAGUCUCAGGUGACAAUGCAACCUUUAUGAGCCUAAUCCAAAACCCUUUUGUAUUGACAGUCAAAGGGAGUUGGUCAUCUGUAUACAAACAAUUCCCAUACACUUCAGGUUGUAUUGUUUUACAAAAUACAGCUUUGUAUGUAGUUGGAAGAUAUGCUGGUAAAGGUCUUAAUCCUAAAUAAGUGUGCAUGACCUUUAUAAGUGUACAUGUACUGUACAUUGAAAUCAAGCAGUAAAUCAAAAUCUAAAUUAUUAUUAAUAUUAUCUUCCAUAAACUGAAUAAAAAAAGAGAUAUCACUGAAGAUAAAUACCAAAUAAAGAGAUGCUUGUAGUAUUGUGGUUCGGCUUUCAGCAUUUCAUAUUUGCAUUUUGAAAGACAUUUUUACAACAGACUAAUAAAAAAGAGCUUGAACAUGUUUCCAUGGUAACAACAAUGAUGAUCGAACCAUGGCUCGUCACCAUAUCUGUCUCACAAGGAAAUCAGAUUGUGCAUUGGUUGUACAAUAAUACCAGUUUCAGCAUGUAAGUGUUAUUCUAUGUGUAUUUCAAUUAUCAUUUCCCUAGAUUGACCAUUCCCUAAAUUAAUAGUAAUUGAAUUCUUUCUUUUUCUUCCAAAUCUGCAGAAGUAAGUGACACUCUGGUAGUGACCUUCGACAUCCAGGAUGCCGAUGACCUUCCAGUGUGGACCAUGCCGGUCUAUCCAUACAUCACUGUGGUGCCUACUGAUGCCCCUAAUCAGGCUUGUAUCUACAGGCUUCAAGCCUCGGACGAAGACCCAGGAAGUGAAAUUACAUUCUCCUUGGUGGCAGGUGACAGUGGCGCUUUCUCAGUGGGUGAAACGGAUGGUUGCAUCAACACGGUCGUCAAUGCACAGAAUCCUAACUACGAGGAUGGAAAAGAAUACGUCCUCACUGUCAGGGCAACAGGCACAAGUGUUGUUUUCGUUGGAGGAGUUGACGGAACUGUCUUCGUUUUCGGUGGAUCCCAUCCACCCCAGUUCAGCCAAGAGGAAUACUCUGCUUCUGUGCGGGAGGCUCAGAAUAAUCAGAUGGUUAUCCAAGUAGAAGCUUCGUCUUUCUCGCGAAACGUUCCCGUAACCUACUCCAUCGUUGGCCCUGAAAACAGGCCUAGCCAUACGAUCAACGCCGACAGUGGUGUUAUCACUCUGACGGAGGCGGUACUGGUAGAGGAUAUGCAGUCCUACUUCCUGAUUGUCAGAGCAACGGAACAGGGAGGCAACCAACUCUCAUCAGAUGUUCGAGUCAAUGUAAUGAUUGAGGACAUUAAUAAUUGUAUCCCUACCUUUGGACAAGAGAUUUUGAGUUUCAAUGAUGUUAGCGAAACAACAGCUAUAGGAGAUCCUGUUGGGGAAGUUACUGCUACUGACUGUGAUGUAGGCGUGAAUGCAGAAUUGACCUACUCAAUCACGACACCCAACAGCGGCUUCACCAUCGGCCCCAAUGACGGGGUCAUCUCCCCAGCUGUCAUCUUAGACUAUGAGGAAGGAGAGCGUUACUACACCUUCGUGGUUGCAGCUUCCGAUGGGGGGUCCCCUGCGAAUUCUGGCACCGCCACCGUCGUCAUCUCCAUUGCCAACGCGGAAGAGGCUCCUUACUUCACACCUACCUCUUACUCAUUCAGAGUGGAUGAAACUGCACAGGUCGGCUAUGAAGUGGGGACAGUAUAUGCGAGUGAUGAUGAUGUGGGCGACAGUUUGACACUUGACAUUCCCGAUGGAGGUGGCCCCUUUGCCAUUGACAAUUCUGGGGUUAUAUCCAUGAAUGCAGCUGCAACAGAUUCAAGUUAUACAUUUGAGGUUGUGGCUACGGAUCAGACAGGCAACUCGGCCAUGGCUUCUGUUCAAGUUUCUUUCACCGAUCUCAAUGACAAUAUCCCAACAUUUCCAAAUUGUGGAAGUUAUUCAGGUACAGUGUCUGAAGAUGCUGGCAUUGACACAUCUAUCACAACGGUGUCGGCUUCUGACCUUGAUCAAGGAUCAAAUGCUCAGAUCACUUAUCAACUUGCUUCUAACAGUGAUGCAAACCAGGUUUUCAAAGUAGAUCAGGGUGGGCUGAUUACCACAAAGAAAUUGUUAGAUCGCGAGGAUACUUCAGCGUUUGUCGUGACCGUUGAAGCGGAGGACGGCGGUAAUCCAUCUCUCACAGGGUUCUGUACAUUCUCCGUGGUGGUGACAGACGUGGAUGACAACUACCCCGAAUUUCCUUUUACUGAUUAUAAAGCUUCAGUAUUAAGCGAUGCUUCAUUGCAUUCUGAGGUGGUUUCAGUGCCAGCCGACGAUCUUGAUUCAUCUUCAACCCUGCAAUACGAUCUUGAUCAAAGUGGGGUUGAAUGCAGGCGCUACUUCACCAUGUCUCCUUCAGAUCCAGUCAUCAUUACAAGAGAUUUAUUGACGGAUAUCUCUGGAAAUGAUGUCAGCUGCAUAGUGACGGCAAGCGAUGGUAUCCGUGACUCCAGGGUUGAUGUAGAUAUCUUUGUAAGAAGCCCAGAUGACACCACCUACCAAGUGCCAACCUUCACCAGUACACCGUAUCAAGUCACCAUCAAUGAAAACACAACGAUAGGUGAUGUCAUCCUUCUUGUAUCUGUAGACGGAGCACAGGAGGUUGGUUUUGACAUCGUUCGUGGGUCACGUCCUUCUACCAACUCUGAUGGAACAUUUACCUUGACUACGCGCGAUGAUAACUUGCAGAGUGACUUGACCCUGGUAGAGAAGCUGGACUUUGAAGCUGUUCAGGAAUAUGAAUUAUUAGUAACGGCCCAGUAUGUUGGAGUAGGUCAAGAAUUCAUAGCACAGACUCCUGUGACCGUCACGAUUGAAGACUAUAAUGACGUGGCACCAAAGUUUCCUGCCGUCACAUUUUAUGGAAACAUUGCCGAAAACCAGCCCGUAUCGACUUCGGACCCUAUCAUCACGCUGCAAGCAACGGAUGGAGAUGUAACUCCAGAAUUCAGCCAGAUAACGUACAGUUUUGUUAACGCAGAGUCAGAGACAGACUUCCGCAUUGAUGAGAAUACAGGGGAGAUCUUUGCUUUAAAGGUUUUUGAUCGGGAAGCCGUUGAAGAUAGUAGUAUUGCCCUCACAGUGCGUGCAUCAGAUGGUAUUAAUCAAGAUCUUGCUACAGUCUUCAUCACCAUAGUAGAUGAGAAUGACAAUGAACCAGAGUUUAACGGAACCUUUAGCUUUGACGUUCUUGAAGAUGUAGGGAUGGGUCACAAUAUUGGCACAGUAACAGCCACAGAUGAUGAUAUUUCCGAGGUAUUGGAGUAUUUUAUCAGCGGAGGAAAUGAGGGUGGUGCCUUUACAGUGGAUGCAGAGGAAGGUACCAUCCGCAAGGCGGGUGUUCUGGACUACGAGGCAAGGACAUCUUACGAAUUGCAGUACAGUGUCAACGAUGGUAAAAACGUUGCUACCACUACUGUUACAAUCAAUGUCCUCAAUGUCAAUGACGUGGCUCCACAGUUUGAUCAGUCUGCCUACUCUGCAAGUGUGAUUGAGGAAGAUAGCUCUAAUCUACCAAGAAUCUUGCUGUCGGUUGCUGCUACCGAUGGAGAUGCUGAUGCAGUAGACGAUGCAGUAGUUUAUGGUUUGGUAGGGACUGGAGCAGGAACCAUAUUUACCAUCGACAGUCAGACUGGCAAUAUUACCCUAACUCAAGCACUCGACCGUGAGGAGAUUCCCACAUACAACCUGGCUGCAGUGGCUACCAAUGACAAUGGAAACGGACUUACCAGCUACGUCGACGUCACCAUCGAAGUCGAAGACAUCAAUGACAAUGCCCCAGUCUUCCCCGAUCAGGAAUACGUGGGCAGUGUAGAAGAAAACCGCCCGCCAAAUACCCCUGUAGUUGCUGUGGUUGCGGAGGAUCCUGACACAGCAGAUGACCUGAUAUACUCUUUUCCCACUUCGAGUUCCGACUUCAACAUCGACAGCCAAACUGGAGAAAUCACCACCGCAAGACAGUUUGACAGGGAGACUCCUCCUUCCGAGUAUGAAAUAGUGGUCCAAGCAACUGAUGGCGUUAACACAGCUAGUACAACCGUCACCAUCAGCAUCGACGAUGUGGACGAUAACAAGCCAUCUUUCUCUGAGGAUGUAUACCCUGAUGCCUCUGUCUUAGAGACGGAACCCAUUGGGACAACCAUCACAACCGUCCAAGCUAUUGAUCCUGACAUCGACUUCAGAGACGCAGUUGAGUUUUCAAUCAACAGUGGAGACACCGGUAACCUAUUCAGGAUCGUUGCAGAUGCUGCCACGCUUCAAGGUCUCAUUCAAGUCAAUAACAAACUAGAUUUCGAAACAUUGGCUACCAACGAAUUCACGUUGACCGUUGCUGUUACGGAUUCCCAGGGACCCACGGACUCUGGCCGCCCUGAGACCGCAAUCGUCAAGAUCAUUGUCGAAAAUGCCAAUGACAAUGCUCCAGUAUUUGAUCCGAAUGAAUACGAUGGAGUCGUGUCAGAAGAUGCUGCCGUCAACUCACAAGUAGGAACCUUCACUUUCUCUGCUACCGAUGACGAUGAACCAGGUGCAACGCUGAAUUAUAUGAUUGACCCCACCACUGAUCCAGACGACCAGUUUGCCAUCAAUGAAAAUCAACAGCUCAUUGUUGCUUCUCCCCUCGAUAGAGAGACGGUAGCCAAUUAUGAGCUCAAAGUAUAUGCUGUUGAUAAUGGUGAGCCUCCGAUGUCGGGUGCUGCGACCGUUACCGUCACCGUUACGGACGUGAAUGACACGCCCCCUCGUUUCGCGCAAGACUACAACCCAUCAGUUAAGGAGGGCAAAAUUGAUCCUAAUGUGGAAGUGGUGAGGGUAGAAGCUGUAGAUGAUGAUGACCCACCAUCUGGACCACCUUUCCUCUACAACGUGGCAACGCAACCCAAUGACUGGAAUACCUUCUUUGCUAUAGAGGGACUGGGAACCCCUACCAGCGGGAGCAUCAGAGUAAGCACAACGGGGGUAGAGAUCGAUCGUGAAACGCAUCCAUAUUUUGAUAUCGUAUUCCUGAUCGGAGAAGUGGGCACGCAAGAAGCAUUGACCGGUACCCAGACGUUGACCAUAAUGAUCUCUGACGUCAAUGACAAUCCACAUGGAGCGAUCACCAAGGAUAUCCUGGUGUAUAGUUAUGAAGGUGAAACCCCUGAGGUAUCCCUUGGUAACAUUCCAACGACAGAGGUUGGAAAGGUUGGGGUAGAUGACCCCGAUAUUUUAGAGGACAAGACUUAUGAAGCGGUGGGAGAAUUACCAGAUUUCUUUCAACUGGAUUCAGACACUGGUGAUAUCACCAUGGCGGAAGGCACCCCAGCUGGGGUCUAUGAAAUGGAUAUCCUUGUAAGUGAUGGUGGCACAUUUCCAUCUGUGGUCUCAACAGUUAUAGUGACCGUCAAGGAUAUCCCACAGGAGGCUGUCUUCAGUUCAGGGUCCAUCCGCUUCUCUGGUACUACUGCGGAGGAGUUGAUAACUCCUAACUCGGAAGGUGUCAGCAAACUUGACAGCCUCAAAGUCAUCCUUGCCAAUGCCGUUGGAGCUCAACUGGCCAACUUUGAUAUCUUCAGCGUGUUGAAUGUGGUCGGUAUGGAAAGGACUGUUGAUAUCCGCUAUGCCGCUCAUGGAUCACCCUACUAUCCUGCAGACCAACUUGAUCUGGCUGCUCUGUCUGUAUCUGAUGAGAUUGAAGCUUUAGGCUUAAGCAUUGCCCAGAUCCCUGUUGACCUGUGCGUGAAGGAGAACGUCUGUGAGUCGUCCUGCACAAAUGUUCUGGUAGUGGACCCUACACCAACUGUGGUGGACUCUGGCACGGCCUCACUUGUAGCGAUUACAUCGGUACUGGAAGCGCAGUGUAUAUGCGGUGCAAGGACAGUUGCUCCUGGAAACUGUGAUUCUGAUCCCUGUCUUAAUGGAGGCACAUGUGAGGAUGUCCAUGGUGGCACAUACAGAUGCACGUGUCCUUACCUGUUUGAUGGGCCUAACUGCCAGCAGACCAAGCGUAGCUUUGAGAAUGGCUAUGCAUCCUUCUCCACCUUGCGACAAUGUGAAGAGACCAGCCUCUCCAUUGAGUUCAUCACUGAGGUUUCCAGUGGCACCCUGCUCUACAACGGUCCCAUUUUUACCCCAACGGGUGACGAUCCAAUCGAUAUGAUCCUUCUGGAGCUGAUAGGUGGCAAGGCCAGGCUCACUAUCAACCUCGGAUCAACUGAUUCUACUGAUGAUAACUUGGUAUUAGAGGCUCCCACGGAUGAUACCCAGCUGAAUGACAACGAGUGGCACCGAAUCGAUGUAUACCGUAAUGGAAGGUUUGUUGAGAUGACAGUAGACAGAUGUAUGGGUGUGUCCUUUGCUGAAACCUCAUCCUCAUCAACAUUGGAUACCUCUAGCUGUCGAGUCAAUGGAACAACGCCAGGCGAAAACAAGUUCUUAAAUGUGCAUACGCCUCUUUUCUUGGGAGGUAUGAGUUCGGACUAUGACGUGACCGUCCCGAGCGGAUUUGAUGGCUGCAUCAAGAAUCUGGUCACGGACGGUUUCCUGUACGACCUCGGCACCCCUGGAACGUCUUCCAAGAGUGAGGCAGGAUGCCCUCGUACUGAUGGCCAGUGCACAGAUGAUAAUGGUAUGCCUGUUUGUAACAAUGGCACCUGUGAAGCUGAUAUCAACUCUUUCAUCUGUAUUUGUUACCCUGGAUUCAACGGACUAACAUGUGAUGUUGAGUUGACGCCAUAUGACUUUGCAACCGAAAGUUACAUCACCUACGAGCUCUUGGACAGUUCUUUGUAUGACGAUGCACGAUCCUCCAACUACCAGAUCAUGAUGAGGUCAAGACAAGAGAAUGGACUCAUCUGGUCAAUUUCCAGUGCUAACACAUACGAAUACAUCAGAAUGGAGAUGGUUCAAGGAGAACUCAAAGCUGACUGGCAUCUUGGAGAUAAGCCUGUAUCUGUCACUAUGGUCAACUUCAGCAUCAAUGAUGGAGCGUGGCAUGCCAUCAACUUUGAUCGUUAUGACUCUGUGGUCACAAUCAAGAUCGAUGGAGGAGGUGGGGUCAAGGAGAUACAGAACAGAGAAAGUCAGUACUCUGGAUUGGACGUAGAUGAAAACUCAUUGGUUAUUGGAGCAUUUGUGGAUGUUAAUACGGUGACAGAUGACUUCAUGGGUUGUAUGAAUGACCCCAGGAUAAACCAUAACUUCCUGGGAAUGGAAGGCACUAAUGACUAUGCCGUAGCUACCAAAUCUGCAGGAGUGACGGAAGGCUGUCCCUCUGAUGUCUGUGAUAGCAACCCUUGUCCUGGUGGCGUCCUUGUCUGCACAGAUUACUGGAGAUUCUAUGAAUGCUUAUGCCCCGUAGGCCAGGAGGAAGUGGAAGAUGAUCCAGACACCUGUAUGGCCAUCAUUGACUGCGUACCCAACCCUUGCGCCAAUGGAGGAACUUGCGUGGAGGGCGAUCCAACAGGUUACACCUGUGACUGUCCCAGCGGUUACUAUGGAGACAGAUGUGAAGCUUCGUUCGGUGAACAAGGAGCUAGUCUUGGUAUUACUCCUCUAGGCAUUAUCCUCAUGAUCCUCUGCAUCCUGCUUAUUAUCAUCCUCCUCCUUGGCUUGGUGCUCUACACUCAAAGACGGGAUCGCAAGUCUGCCCUUGCUUUUGCCAUUGAUCCGGAGGACGACAUCAGAGAGAACUUUAUCAAUUACGAUGAGGAAGGCGGAGGAGAGGAAGAUAAUGAUGCCUAUGACCUCAGCACGUUGCGUAAGCCUGUGGAUGCUAUCAGUGCAGGUAGCAUAGAGAAGAAGCCAGUUGCCCCUGUUUCAGAGGUGCCUGUCGGCAGACCUUCGGGUGUUGACCCCAAUGUCGGUGAUUUCAUCAACGAUCGUCUUAAAGGAGCGAAUGAUGAUCCCGAAGGGCCACCUUACGAUGAGCCGCACAUCUAUGACUACGAGGGUGACGGCUCCACGGCAGGUUCUCUCAGCUCCCUCAACAGCAGUAGCACAGACUCAGAGCAGAACUACGACUACCUGAACGACUGGGGUCCACAGUUCAGGAAACUUGCUGAUAUGUAUGGCAGCUAGAAAGUGUUCUGCAGCAGCAUUUGAUAGUACUUGAUGUUUUAAACUCUCUCUGUGUAAUAAAUGGAUGAUGUUGUGAACCCUUUAGUACCUACACUAAAUGAGUAGAUUAUUAUUUAUAAGAAUGAAUCGUGACAGUAAAUUUAUUAAUUCAUGAAAGUGAGUUUCUUCUGUAACUUAAUGAAAAUGAAUUAGUACUGGAAUUCAUGUAAGUAAAUAUCUAUAAUUUUUUUUUGGGGGGGGGGAUUUCUGCCUAAAUUUUUUAAAGAGACAGUUUGCUACAAUUUGUGCUUAUGUAAAAUCUGUUACUGCUUUACAUUGGGUGCAGAGAAUGUGAUUUUAAGGUACUAAAGGGUUUGUCUUGCAGGCAAUCUCAUGUUUAUUACUGUUAAAUUAAUGAUUGUAUACACAGUUAUUACAUCCAUGUGCAUUUUAGAGAGGGUCUUAUUGUUGAAAAGAUCUUUGUGUUGCCAUCCUUUGUUGAGAAUGAAUGUUGGUGAUAAUUGUUAUUUGUUUGUUGAUUGUAAUUGAGCGUUGAUAUUGUUAUUUAAUGAUUGAGGAAAAAUUAAGUAGAUUUAUUGAGUGUACAUAAAGAUUUGAAAACAUUCAGAAUAUUAAACUGGCAACAUUUCUCAGUGUGUGUGAAAUGAAUGUCUCAUUUUUAAUCAUUUUUUCCCCUCUCCACGAUACAGAAUUCCCCUAUUCAUGCAAAUAACAAUCUAUUUCCGUGAUGAAAUAGAAGUAAAAAUUCUGACAAGCAUUAAGUAUAAUUCCACAAGGAAUAGUCAAAUAGCUUUCAUGAGGCAUUUCCAGUUUUUGAAGAACUACAAAAACUUGAAUUCUACUCAUUCAACUGUAUAAUAAAACAGCAAAGUCAGAUAGAAGGUACCAUUUUUUUUUUAAUGACAGAACAAGAAUGAUUGUUUUUUAUCCUUUUUUUUAAGAUUCAAGAUUCAUUUUAUAAGACAUGGAGGUUAAUUGGAUGUAUAUAGUUUUAUUUCAGUACUGAUAUUCUAAAGUAUGUAUAGUUGCUUAGAGAAAAAGAAAUGAAGAAGCAAUCUGUCAACUUAAUGUUUUUUUUUU